AUGGAGAAGCUGAAUAAAUAUCUUGAAUGUGGGAAAAGUUCCUAUUCCACUUCCCAUCAAAGAAAUCCCAUUGGGAAGAAAGCAUAUCAGUGUGUGGAAUGUGGAAAGAGAUUCAGUCAGAGCUCCUCUCUCACUUCCCAUCAAAGAAUUCAUACAGGGGAGAAACCCUAUCAGUGCUUGGAAUGUGGAAAAGUCUUCAGUCAGAGUGCCCAUCUCUCUUCCCAUCAAAGAAUUCAUACAGGGGAGAAACCCUAUCAGUGCUUGGAAUGUGGAAAAGUCUUCAGUCAGAGAGCCCAUCUCUCUUCCCAUCAAAAAAUUCAUACAGGGGAGAAACCCUAUCAGUGUGUGGAAUGUGGAAAGAGCUUUAGUCACAGCAGCAAUCUCACUUCCCAUCAAAGAAUUCAUACAGGGGAGAAACCCUAUCAGUGUGUGGAAUGUGGUAAGAGCUUCACUGAAAGCUCCAAACUCACUUCCCAUCAAAGAAUUCAUACAGGGGAGAAACCCUAUCAGUGUGUGGAAUGUGGAAAGAGCUUCAGUCUGAAAUACAGUCUCACUUCCCAUCAAAGAAUUCAUACAGGGGAGAAACCCUAUCAGUGUGUGGAAUGUGGAAAAAGCUUCAGUCAGAGCUCCAUUCUCACUUUCCAUCAAAUAAUUCAUACAGGGGAAAAUCCCUAUCAGUGUGUGGAAUGUGGAAAGAGCUUUAGUCACAGCAGCAGUCUCAUUUCCCAUCGGAGAAUUCAUACUGGGGAGAAACCCUAUCAGUGUGUGGAAUGUGGAAAGAGCUUUAGUCACAGCAGCAAUCUCACUUCCCAUCAAAGAAUUCAUACAGGGGAGAAACCCUAUCAGUGUGUGGAAUGUGGAAAAAGCUUCAGUCAGAGCUCCAGUCUCACUUUCCAUCAAAGAAUUCAUACAGGGGAGAAACCCUAUCAGUGUGUGGAAUGUGGAAAGAGCUUCAGUCAGAGCGCCAGUCUCACUUCCCAUCAAAGAAUUCAUACAGGGAAGAAACCCUAUCGGUGUGUGGAAUGUGGAGAGAGUUUCAGUCACAGCCACAGUCUCAUUUCCCAUCAAAGCAUUCAUAUAGGGGAGAAACCCUAUCAGUGUGUGGAAUGUGGAAAGAGCUUUAGUCGCAGCAGCAGUCUCACUUCCCAUCAGAGAAUUCAUACAGGGGAGAAACCCUAUCAGUGUGGGGAGUGUGGAAAGAGCUUCAGGAAGAGCCGCGAUCUCACUUCUCAUCGAAGAAUUCAUACAGGGGAGAAACCCUAUCAGUGUGUGGAAUGUGGAAAAAGCUUCACUGAUAGCUUCAAACUCACUUCCCAUAAAAGAAUCCAUACAAAGGUUGGAAAACCCAUUAUACAGCUUUAGGAGCCAGUCAAAUCCGCACCUUUUUAACCAGGCCUUUGGCUGAUUGACAUCUAAUGCCCUUUUAACAUGUGGUGUUUUGUGUUUUUAUGUUGUAACAUUCCUGAGGCCUGUGGGUCUAGGAAUAGGCACUAACUCUUCUGGGUUUACGCCAUCGGCAAUGGGACUUCCGAGUUUGCGCCAUCGGCAAUGGCGGAUUUCCUCUGAAUCAGAGGAAUCCGCUCCGUGGGAAUCAGGUCUUGCCGCCGCGGCGAAGGCGGGGACCCUUCAAAAAUCACAGGCGGGUGAAGCCUGUGAACGUGGGAUUCGGCGGGCACUAUCAGCGCCCCCCCCUACUCGUGGGGAAACCUGUUUUCGGGGAUCCGGAGCGAAGUGGGGUGAGUGGCGCAGUGCUUUGAAGCGACUGCUACUUCCACGGAGUGAAGCCGCACAGCCGUUGCCGGAGAGCACUUUUUCCUGUUGACAAUUGGAUCUAAAAGUAAUUACCCGUGAGUAAAGUGAAGUAUUGGAGUUUCAAAAAGUUGAAUUUGGCAACGAACGGGGGGAGGUUUAAAACAGGAAGUCUGCCUCCCUUUUUUGUAAAUAGUCGGAAGCAAACAGGCUUAAGCUAAAGCCUUGGAAAGUUUAUUUUCAACGUUUAAAUUACCAGCACUAAAAAUAGCAAACCCCCCUUUGGAAGCAGGAGAGGAGGGGGGAGAGCUUUUGGACAAUAUUUGCCUGCUAAAAGAGAGGGAAAGAAGCUAAAUUUCCAUCGCUCAGAACCUGGGAAUGAGAUAUCAUUAAGACUGUUGUAUUUUGGAGUUCUGCAUAGACUGUGAAUAGACCGCUCACUGACAGCCAGUGAAACAAGAGUGAUACAUUGUUUCAACUAUCCUCUUCUGACUAAAUAAAAGGAACUGAGUAAUAAAUAGCUGAGAUUUGAUACUAAAUAUACUGGUGCAACUGUGGUCUGGGAAAAAAGUGACAUUUUGGACUAAUAUAAUAUAAACAGUAACCAUUUCCCUCUAGAGGAAGACUUUGAAACUGCUACAAGGUUUGGAAUUUUCCAACACCAAAGAUAAGACUCUGGGACUGUGAAAUUGGCCUUGAAAGGAUUAAGUGUUAUGGCAGAUGGAAAAGAAAAAAUAGAUCUGCCAAUCCAAGACAAAACAACAAGGUCUGGGAAGGUUUGGCGAAGAGCUUCCACAUCCAGCCCUCCUGCUUCUUCUGUGACUGUAUUAACUAAACCAAAGGGAAUGAUUCCAGAAGAGGCCCUGGCACUUGCCUUGAGUAAAUAAAUGAAUCACUGGAACAAAUGAACAAAAAAUUAGAUCAGAAUACAGUGGUGCCUCGCAAGACGAAAUUAAUCCGUUCCGCGAGAGUCUUCGUCUAGUGGUUUUUUCGUCUUGCGAAGCAACCCUAUUAGCGGCUUAACGGAUUAGCGCUAUUAGCGGUUUAGCGGCUAUUAAAGGCUUAAAGGCUUAGCGGAUUAGCUGCUAAAAGGCUAUUAAAGGCUAUUAAAGGCUUAGCAGAUUAGAUAAAGGGGGCGAAAAGCGAAAAAAAAAUCUCUAGACUCGCAAGACAUUUUCGUCUUGCGAAGCAAGCCCAUAGGGAAAUUCGUCCUGCGAAGCAACUCAAAAACGGAAAACCCUUUCAUCUAGCGGGUUUUCCGUCUUGCGAGGCAUUCGUCUUGCGGGGCACCACUGUACACAAAGUAUAAAUAGUCUGGGACAAAAAGUUAAUUCAAAUACAGAAGCCAUUGAGAAAUUGAUCCAGGAGUCUAACUCAACUCGACAGAUCGCAGAGGAAGCUAAGGAAAAGGUUGUGGCUGUGGAAGCAAAGGUAACUCAGCUGGAAACAGAGAGAGUCCCAGACCUUCAAAAACAACUUGAGGUCCAUAGGUUGGCACUUUCUAUGGUUGAGCUUAAGGAAAAACAGACAAACUUGAGAAUUAGAGCUGUACCUGAACUGGAAAAAGAUUCCCUGAUAGACUAUCUUACGGAGGAAUUUGCAUAAUAUUGGGACUUGGAUUUGGAAAAAGAGGAAUUUAGAAUUGUGAGAGCCUUUAGACUGGGAAGAGGAGGGAAGAAGGAGAAGACCAGAAUAAGAGAUUGUUUGAUUACCCUCCGGUCUAAAGAAGAGAGAGAUAAAAUUUUGGGCUGGCAUUACGAGAAGACUUUGGUAAUAAAUCAAUCAAGAGUGGAAAUUUUUAAAGAUAUCCCAAAACAUCAUCUGGACCUUAGGUCCAACUUUGGAGAUUUGGUUUCCUUGUUGAGAGGGAACAAAAUCCUUUUCAGGUGGGAAUUUCCUCAAGACCUAGCCUUCAGUUUCAAAGGAAGGAAAAUAAAAAUAAGAUCAGUAGAAGAUAAAAUAAAGUUUCUGCAUAAAUACGAAGAAGACCUACAGAAGGGAAUUGGAAAAGAGCCAACAGCAUUGGACAGAAGAUCACCAGAUAGAGGAUCAGAGCAAAGAGCAUUGGAGAGAAGAUCACCAAACAGGGAAACAUUGGACAUAACGAGACUAUCUUUUGGAUUGGACCCCCCAGCGAAUGUGCCAACACCACCACCAACAGAAGAGGAGCAAGUUUUGGGGGUAGUUGGGGGGGCACCAAAGUAGCCACAUGAUGGCGCUGCAGGUCUUGAGCUGGAAUGUGAAUGGACUGAACAGCCCUGAAAAAAGGCGGAGAGUACCAUAUUUUUUGCUCUAUAAGACUCACUUUUUCCCUCCCAAAAAGUAAGGGGAAAUGUGUGUGCGUCUUAUGAAGUGAAUGCAGGCUGCGCAGCUAUCCCAGAAGCCAGAACAGCAAGAGGAAUUGCUGCUUUCACCGCGUAGCGAUCCCUCUUGCUGUUCUGGCUUAUGAGAUUCAGAAUAUUUUUUUUCUUGUUUUCCUCCUCCAAAAACUAGGUGCGUCUUGUGGUCUGGUGCGUCUUAUAGAGCAAAAAAUACAGUAUUUCAUUUAUUGAAAAAAGAGCAUUUGGACUUGAUUUGUCUACAAGAAACACAUGUGACAAGGUUACACAGGAAGCUAUUGAAUAAUAAAAGAUUAGGCCAAGAAUUUAUCUCAUCGGAUAAAGUUAAAAAAAGAGGAGUGGUCCUCUAUGCAAAGGAGAGGUUAUCACCAAAAUUUAUAUUCAAAGAUGAUCAAGGAAGAUUUGUAGUAAUUGAAAUUCAAACGCAAGGAGAAAAUUUUUUGAUAAUAGGUAUUUAUGCACCAAAUGAAGGAAAAUCGGAAUUUUUUAAGAAGCUACAUGAGACUCUGAUGGACUAUAUGGAUUAUAAUAUGAUUUUGAUGGGAGACAUGAAUGGCGUUGUGUCUACAAAUAUGGACAAGGCACAAAGACAGUAACUAAGGAUGGAAGACUACCAAAAACUUUUUUUGAUAUGACUGAAAAUAUGGACUUAGUUGAUAUCUGGAGAAUGAAGAACCCUCUGGGAAGAGAGGGAACUUUCUUCUCCGAGGCUAAAAUGACAUGGACAAGAAUUGAUCAAAUUUGGGUAACCAGAGGUCUGGCUCCGAAGACUAGUAAAGUUGAAAUCUACCCCAAGACCUGCUCUGAUCACAAUGCUGUGAAGAUGGAAAUGAAAUUGAUGCCAAUUGGUUCCUUUAGAUGGAGGAUGAAUGAUACUUUGUUUAGGAAUGAAGAAUUUAUUAAGAAGGCCCAAAAAACUCUGAGAGACUAUUUUGAGAUAAAUAUGAGCAUUACUGUGGAAAAAAGAGUAAUCUGGGAUGCAAGUAAAGCUGUCAUGAGAGGAUUUUUGAUACAACAGAAUGCAAUUAAGAAGAGAAUGCAAAAUGAGAAAAAAGAUAAAAUCUUGGAAAAAAUAAAGGAAGGGGAGAAGAAAUUGAGGGUGAAACCAAAGUCCCAGGAGAUUUGGAAAGAGAUAAAGUUAUAUCAAGUACAAUACAUGAAAAUGAUGAAUCAGGAAAUAGAAUGGAAGAUUAAACAGAUGAGACAAAAGACAUUUGAGUCGGCAAAUAAGUGUGGUAAAUUGUUGGCUUGGCAAAUGAAAAAAAGACAAAAACUUAAUACCAUUACGAAUUUGGAAGUAGAAGGAAAGAACAUACAGAAUCCAGUGGAAAUUAGAAAGUGCUUCCAGAGGUAUUUUAAACAACUUUAUACACAGGAGAAGCAGAAAGUAAUGGACAUUGACAAAUUUUUGAAAAUGAAUGGACUACAAAAAAUUUCUCAAGAAAAUAAAUUAAUGCUGAACUACAAAAUAACGGAACAGGAAGUAGAAGGGGCCAUUCAGAAUAUGCAAUUAGGUAAAUCUCCAGGACCGGAUGGACUGACUUCAAGAUAUUAUAGAUCUUUGAAAGAAUGGUUAAUACAACCCUUAAAGGAAGUCUGUAAUGAAAUACUUGAAGGGAAAAGGGCACCAGAGUCAUGGAAGGAAGCUUACAUCACACUUAUACCAAAAACAGAGACUGAAAAGACACAACUCAAGAAUUACCGCCCCAUAUCAUUGCUCAAUGUGGAUUAUAAAAUUUUUGCAGAUAUUUUGGCUAAAAGAUUAAAAAAGGUGUUAACGGAAGAAAUUCAUAAAGAUCAAGCGGGCUUUCUCCCGGGCAGACACUUGUCUGACAAUACGAGGAAUAUAAUUAAUAUUUUAGAAAAAUUACAAGUGAAGAUUAAUACCAAAGCAGUUUGGAUAUUUGUGGAUGCGGAGAAAGCUUUUGACAACAUUUCGUGGAGUUUUAUGAAGAAGAAUUUAUUGGGGAUGGGGGUGGGUCAAGGCUUUGGAAACGGUAUAAGUGCAAUUUAUUCAGAACAGAAGGCCAAAUUAAUUGUGAACAAUGUAGUGACGGAAGAAUUUAAGAUUGAGAAAGGAACACGACAAGGUUGCCCAAUCUCUCCAUUGCUUUUUAUAUCGGUCUUGGAGGUUUUGUUAAAUAUGAUUAGAAGGGACCAACUGGUAAAAGGUAUACAAGUGGGAGCCAAACAGUACAAAUUGAAAGCAUUUGCUGAUGAUUUAGUAUUGACUUUACAGGAGCCAGAAUCUAGCACUAAAAGAGUAUUAGAACUAAUUCAAGAAUUUGGUCAGGUAGCAGGUUUAAAGUUGAAUAAGAUGAAAACUAAGGUUUUAGAGAAGAACCUAACAGAGAUUGAGAGAGAGAAGUUUCAGAAGGAGACAGGACUGACACUGGUUAAGAAAGUGAAAUAUUUAGGGGUUAAUAUGACUGCUAAGAAUGUGAAUUUAUUUAAGGAUAACUAUGAAAAAUGUUGGACUGAAGUGAAAAAAGAUUUAGAAAUAUGGUCAAAUUUGAAGCUAUUGUUGUUAGGCCGAAUUGCUGUGAUAAAAAUGAAUGUAUUGCCAAGAAUGCUGUUUUUGUUUCAAACACUGCAAAUUUUGGACAAAAUGGACUGUUUCAAGAAGUGGCAGAGAGAUAUCUCUAGAUUUGUCUGGCAGGGCAAGAAGCCUCGUAUAAAAUUUAAGAUAUUAACUGAUGCUAAAGAAAGAGGUGGAUUUGCCCUGCCAGACUUAAAACUUUAUUAUGAAUCAGCCGCUUUUUGUUGGCUGAGAGAAUGGAUGCUUCUUGAAAACACGGAUGUUUUGGAUUUGGAAGGUUUCAAUAAUGUAUUUGGUUGGCAUGCAUACUUGUGGUAUGAUAAGGUUAAAGCACACAAAGCAUUCAAAAACCAUAUUGUAAGAAAAGCAUUGUUUAAUGUAUGGAUAAGAUAUAAGGAUUUGUUAGAAAAUAAAACCCCAAGAUGGUUGUCACCAAUGGAAGCAAAGGCCCAGAAAAAACUCAACAUGGAGGCCAAAUGGCCGAAGUAUUGGGAAAUUUUGGAACAAGAGGGUGACUGAUUAAAACUGCAGAGCUUUGAAAAAUUAAAAAACAGAGUAUGAGAUUGGCUCCAUUAUUAUCAAAUAAUGGAGGCAUAUAAUUUGGAUAAAAAAUUAGGCUUCCAGGUGGAAAAAUCAAAGUUGGAAACAGAAUUGUUAGACCCUAAAGUUAAGAAUUUGUCAAGAAUGUAUAACUUGCAAGAUGAAAUGGUGAAAUCUGCUAUGAUUAAAUGGGCACAAGAUGUUGGACAUAAUAUUAUGAUGGCUGACUGGGAACAGUUAUGGACCACUGGUAUGAAGUUUACGGCGUGUAAUGCCUUAAAAGAGAAUUUAAUGAAAAUGAUUUAUAGGUGGUACAUAACACCAGUCAAGCUUGCAAAAAUUUACCAUCUGCCCAAUAACAAAUGUUGGAAAUGUAAUGAAACUGAAGGUACAUUCUUUCACCUUUGGUGGACAUGCCCAAAGAUUAAGGCAUUCUGGGAGAUGAUCUAUAAUGAAAUAAAAAAGGUAUUUAAAUAUACCUUCCUGAAGAAACCAGAGGCCUUUCUCCUGGGCAUGGUCGGCCAAUUGGUGUCAAAGAAGGAUAGAACUUUCUUUAUGUAUGCUACAACAGCAGCAAGAACACUUAUCGCAAAGCAUUGGAAGACACAAGAUCUACCCACCCAGGAAGAAUGGCAGAUGAAGCUGAUGGACUACAUGGAAUUGGCGGAAAUGACAGGCAGAAUCCGAGACCAGGGAGAAGAGUUGGUGGAAGAAGAUUGGAAAGUAUAUUUACAGAAAUAUUGCAAAAUUAAUGAAUGUUAGAAGGAUGUUGGAAUGAAGUUAUAUGGUGUUAGCAGAAAUGUUAUAAAGAAAAACAUUUUUUUCAACUCAUCAUAAAUCAUUUCCCAGUAUUAUUUUACCUUUCUACUUGCCCACCACAUAUGAAAAAAGUUCUUCCUAUUUCUUUACAUUUCCAACACAUAUCUGAGUCAACUUUACGCAUCUUAGCCAACCUGCUCAGAGUUAAAUGCCAUCUAUGAAUCGUUUUCAAAUAGUUCUCUUUCAGAGAAUAACAGACGGUAAAUUUCAAAUCUCUUUUCCAGAGUUUCUUGCAGAGGCUUAGGUUUGUAUUGUGUCCUAUAUCUAUAGACCAGUGUGUCAUUGAGCUUGUCUUUUGUUGUGUAAUGGGAUGUCUCUCUCUCUGCUUCCCGUGUGGCUUAAAAUUAUUGCUUAACUGAAUUAAAACUUCAAAAGAUAAGAAAACGGGGCUAAAAGAGGAUUUCAGCUAAAUCAGUUAUAAGCGAAUUAACUUAAGUAGACCUUUUAAACCCCUAUUGUUGAAAAUUAUUAAUUGUAUUAAUUGGAGUGAGAGUACUGAAAUUGAUUUAUUUUAUUUAUUUGAUUAACUGAUUUGCUGGUUACCAAAAAUGUGUUAAUGCAAGUGUAUUAAUCUGUAUUGAUCUGUAUCAAUUUGCUUAAUCACAAGAAUUGGUUAAUUGGUGGAGAUAUUUAAGGAAAUUGAGAAAAAAGUAUAUGAAUAUUGUGUUGGGGAAAGAAGUUGAAGAGAGACAUCUUGUGGUAUAAUAGACAAUAGGUUUCUUUCAUAUAUAAAAGGCAUUAGAGGGGGAUUGUAUGCCCCCUAGUGGUGAAAUUGAGUAUUGCAUUACAAAAAUUAUGAAAAAUUUCGAAAAAUUUCAGAAAUUUUGUAAGAUUUUGUAAGAUUUUGAAAAUUGAUUUAAAAUGGCAGGAAGGAAUGGCAAAAAGAUAGGAGGAACACCAGGGAGAAAGGAAAAUAUCCCAACAAGAAGAAAUUAAAGAUUUGGACAUUUUGUGGUUGAAGAUAAAGGAAGAAUUUAAACAAAGCGAACAACAUAUGGAGAAGAAGUUAGGAGAAGUGUAGGAAAUGCUAGAUAAAAAAAUAGAAGGGGCAGUAGGAGAACUCUCAAACAAAAUCAAAGACUUGACAGUUAGAUCAAAGACAAUAGAAGAGUCAACUAAAAGAAUCCAAAAGGAAGUGAAGGAGAACAAGAGAGAGACAGAUAAGAUUAAAGAGGAGUUAGGAGACCUGAAUAAAAGUCAGGACCAAGUAUGGGACAGUCUAGCCAUGUUGGAGAUGAGGCAGAAGCAAAUGAAUUUGAAAUUUAGAGUAGGAGAAGAGAUGAAUGAGAACAUCAAAGUUAAAAUGAUCAAAGAGGUGGCAAGAUGGCUGGACAUGAAAGAAGAAGUUGAAUAUACAGUGGAAAAUGCAUUUAGAAUAAAAGUAAGAUCUUUACAAGCUAAAUCAAAGAAACUACCAGAAGAUUGUCUAGUGAUAUUUAACUUGUUAGAUAUGAGGAAUGUGAUACUGAAAAUGAGUUACCAAAAAAAGUUGAUAAUUGAUGGCAGGCCGAUCAUUAUCUUCAAAGAAAUUCCUACCAGAUUUUUACGUAAGAGAGAUGGCUAUAAACAACUAGUGAGUGUUUUGAAAAGAAACGGUAUACAACACAGGUGGGAGUUCCCGGAAGGGAUCUCCUUUUAUUACAAAAAUAAAAGAUUCAGGUUGGCGGACAUUCAAGAGGUGAGGAAAUUUUCAAUGAGAUACGAAAAGGAGCUUGGAAAGGUAGAGGAUUAUUUGGAGAAAGGGAUUCAGAUUUAGAGGAGAGAAGAAGGAAAAGGGAGAGAGAGGAAGAGAAAGAAAGAAGAGGAAAAGAAGAGGAGGAGGAAACAGAAGAAAGAGAAGUGGGAGAAGAAGAAGAGGAGGAGGAGGACAUAGGCGACAAAACCACUCAAAUUUAAUUUUAAUUUGUUUCUACGGUUAAUUCGAUUAAAUAAUAAUGACGUUGAAAUUAAUAACCUGGAAUGUGAAUGGUCUAAACGAGAAAUCUAAGAGGAAUAAAAUUGAAAAUGUAUUGAAGAAAAAAAAUCUCGACAUAAUUUGUUUACAAGAAACUCAUAUUGCCAAAAAGCACAAAUAUAUUUUGAAAAAUAAAAGGUUAGGGGUGGAAUUUAUUAAUUCUGAUGUGAGUAAAAAAAGAGGGGUAGUACUCUAUGUCAGAGAAAAAUGGGAACCUAAAUUAAUUUGUAAGGAUGAGGAAGGGAGAAUAUUGGGGGUACAAAUCAAUCACCAGGGUGAAAAACUUAAUGUGGUUGCCAUUUACGCACCAAAUACAAAUAAGGCAGAGUUUUAUAGGAAAUUGGAAGAGAGAUUGAUUGAAAUAGAGGAUCAAAAAAUAAUUUUAUUAGGAGAUUUCAAUGGAGUGGUACAGUCAGAAUUGGACAGGCUAACAAAGAAGAAGAAAGGUAAUCAAGGGAAAUUACCAAGGUCCUUGUUCAAUUUGGUGGAAAAUCUGGACUUAAUAGAUGUUUGGAGAGAUAAACAUCCAAGUACAAAGCAAUUUACAUUCUUUUCGGAACCUCACCAGAGUUGGGCGAGGAUAGAUCAGGUCUGGACCUCAAGGUACCUAACUCCAAGAAUUUUGAAAUGUGAAAUACAGCCAAGAACUCUAUCAGACCAUAACCCCAUAGUCUUAGAAAUAAAAGGUAAAGUGCAAAGUAUAUAUAGAUGGAGGAUGAAUGAAAAUCUUUUUGAGAACUCCGAAAUAAUUGAAAAAGCUAAAGACACCCUGAAAGAAUAUCUUAAAUGGAAUUUAAAUAAUGAUAUUAAUAUUGACAUAGUCUGGGACGCAAGCAAAGCCGUCAUGAGGGGUCACCUAAUACAGCAAAACAGCUAUAGAAGAAAAUUAAGAGAAAAGAAGAAAGAAGAUAUUCUAACACAAUUAAGAGAAUGUGAGAAGAAUUUAACGAUAAAACCCAAAGGCGAGCAGAAUAAACGAGUAAUUAAAAUGUUACAAACCCAAUAUUCAAUGCUGGUAAAUCAGGAGGUAGAAUGGAAAAUAAAAUCAAUGAAGCAGAAAUUUUUUGAAUCAGCCAACAGAACAGGAAAAUUUUUGGCAUGGCAGUUACGGAAAAGACAAAAACAAAGUGUAAUAAAUAAGAUAAAAGUUGAAGGACGUCAAAUAGAAGAUUCGAAUGAAAUAAAGAGAUCAUUCCAUAAAUAUAAUGAAAAUCUAUAUAAAAUAGAAAAUGAAGAAACAAACAAAAUAGGAAAAUAUUUAGAAGAUUACAAAGGAAAAUACAUAACAGAAGAAGAAAUGGCACAAUUGAAUAAACCAAUUACGAAAAAGAAAUACAAGAAGCGAUAAAAAAGAUGAAAUUAGGUAAAGCCCCAGGCCCAGACGGAUUACCGGCCAAAUAUUAUAAAACCUUGGUGGACCAACUGACUCCGGUGUUAUGUGAUGUGAUGAACAACAUUUUGCAAGGAGGGAAUAUACCAGGUACCUGGAAGGAAGCGCAUAUAACCCUGAUUCCUAAACCAGACACUGAUAGACUGAAUAUAAAAAACUACAGACCUAUUUCAUUGUUAAACAAUGAUUAUAAAUUUUUUGCAGAAAUACUGGCAAACAGACUUAAAAAUUGUUUAAAGGAUUUUAUACAUAAAGACCAAGCUGGAUUUCUCCCAAAUAGACAACUUAAGGACAAUGUCAGGCAUAUCAUAAAUAUUAUAGAAUAUUUGGAAGUCAAAAAUGAAAUACCGGCGGCCCUAAUAUUUAUAGAUGCCGGAAAAGCGUUUGAUAAUGUAUCAUGGCAGUUUCUGUUAAAGAGCAUGGAGACAAUGGGGAUAGAGGGUGUUGGGUGUAGUGAAGGGUUAACCUUCUGUGUCUCGAGGCUGAGAGGAGGCGCUUACAAGGGAAGUAAGCCAGGAUGUGACGAAAGCAGCUUGGAAUGCUGUGAGCUGAGUGAAAAGUGAAAGCAGUUUUGUUGCGCAGCUGCUGCUGAGAGAGAAGGAUGCAAACAGGGAGCAAAAUGCAGCUUCAAUCAGAUGGUGUCUAAGAACUGUAAAUAUGCUAUUUCUGAGCAAAUAAAGUGCUAUUAGGAAAGAAGAAACGUGUGGGACCUAUUUACUGACUGCCCUUUCUACACGGACGCUGUGCAAUUCUGCUAAUUGCUUUACGACCUGCAGAGGAGUGCAGGGAAGCGUGCCGGACGCAAGAAUAAAGCAAUAAAUCUUACCUUUACAUUCCUGGGUCACCAGGGCAACAGAGGGCACUUUCAUGAAAGGCAUAAAAGCGAUUUACUCUAAUCAAACAGCUAAAUUGAUUGUUAACAAUAAUUUGACAGAUUCAUUUAAUAUUAUUAAGGGAACAAGACAAGGCUGCCCUCUAUCCCCUUUACUGUUCAUAAUGGUGUUAGAGGUAAUAGCAAACAGGAUGAGAACUACGCCAGAGAUAUGGGGGGUUAAAAUUGGUACCAAGGAGUACAAGUUGAAGGCAUAUGCGGACUACUUAGAAGAACCACAAACAAGCGUCGGUAAGGUUUUGGAACAAUUAGAGGAAUUCGGCAAAUUAUCAGGUUUCAAAUUAAACAAAAUAAAGACUAAAAUGCUGGUUUAAAUAUGGGUAGGAAUAUAAGAGAGCAAUUAGAACAAAAAUAUGGCAUUAAAGUCGUUAAAAAAAGUAAAAUAUCUAGGUAUCUGGUUGACAUCGAAAAAUAUCAAUUUAAUCAGUGAUAAUUAUAUACCUACAUGGAAAGAGAUUAAAAAGGAUUUGGAUAUAUGGAAUAGGUUAAAGCUUUCAUGGUCCGGAAGAAUGGCGGCAAUAAAGAUGAAUAUUCUCCUGAAAAUGUUGUUCCUAUUUCAGACUAUUCCGAUAAUCAGGGGGCCUUCGAUAUUUAAGGAAUGGCAAAAAAUUCUUUCAUAAUUCAUAUGGCAGGGAAAGAGGCCGAGAAUUAAAUACCAACUACUUACAGACUGGAGAGAAAGAGGCGGGUUUUCCGUGCCAAAUCUAAGAUUAUAUUAUGAAGCUUCCUGUUUAUGUUGGCUUAAAGAGUGGAUUGUUUUAGAAAAUUCAGACUUGUUGGACUUAGAAGGCUUUAAUAAUAGAUAUGGCUGGCAUGCUUACUUGUGGCUCAACAAAGAAAAGGUUCACAAAGGUUUUUCAAAUCAUAUUUUUAGAGGAGCCCUGUACGAAGUUUGGGAGAAAAACAAAAAACUUCUAGAAAGAAACACCCCCUGGUGGUUAUCUCCGGUAGAUAUUUUAACAAUAAAAAAAUUGAACAUGGAGGGGAAAAGGUUAACAUAUGAAGAUUUAUUGGUAAAAACAGAAAGAGGUUGGAAGAUUAGAAUUUAUGAGGAAUUGAAAGAUAGAUUGACAGGCUGGCUACAAUACCACCAGAUAAAUGCACUUUGGAAUGAAGAUAAAAAAUUGGGGAUGAAUGAAAAAAAAAUCUAAAUAUCAGAUAGAAAUUCUAGAAGGAAAAACCAAACUUUUAUCUAAGAUGUAUAAUUUUUUGUUAGAAUGGGAUACAAAAGAUGAGUUGAUAAAUGAAGUGAUGGUAAAAUGGGCAAUUGAUUUUGGAUAUAACAGAGUACGACAAGUGGGUGAGGCUAUGGAAUAAAGGAAUGAAGUUCACGGCAUGCGUCACAUUAAGGGAAAACCUGGAGAAAAAGAUGUACCAAUGGUACAUCACACUGGUAAAAUUAGGAAAAAUGUAUAAAAUUGGAAACAUGCUGGAAAUGUAAGCAGAAGGAUUGGGACCUUUACCAUAUGUGGUGGGUUUGUGAGGAAAUGAAAAAAUUUUGGGAGCUUAUAUAUAAUGAAUUAAAGAAAAUUUUCAGAUAUACUUUUUCCAAAAAACCGGAGGCAUUUUUGUUAGGAAUAAUAGGUGACGAAAUUAAAAAGGAAGAUCAGAGAUUGUUUCAAUAUGCGACGGUGGCGGCCAGGGUAUUGAUAGCUCAAAAAUGGAAAUCAGCAGAGAUCCCUACGGUUAUGGAUUGGCAAGUAAAAUUAUUUGAAUACGCAGAAUUAGCAAGAAUGACACAUAAAAUUAGACACCAAGAAGGUACAAAGUUUAUUGAAGAAUGGAGUAAAUUUGUGACAUAUAUUGAAAGUAAUUGUAGAAAUUUAAAAACUACAGUAGGCUUAACAUAAACCUUGUGACGUGUACAUAAUUGGAACAGAAACUGUAAGAGUAGAAGUAUACCAAGAAAACCACAACGGGAUAGGAAGGAAGUCGAGGCGUGAUCCAACGCAAUGUUAAUAAGAUGAUGGUACCAAAGAAUGAUCGUUAAGAGUGUUUGUUUUAGUUUUUGAUUGAUUUUUCUGGUCUGUUUUCUGUUUAACUGAAAAUCUCAAUAAAAAUAAUUUAAAAAAAGAAAAAAGGAAAGACAAACCUGGAAAGGGCCAUACCAAAUGGACAUCCGGUGUGAAGAGGUCACUUUCCCCACUGCUGAACAAUGCCACAGGUAGAGGAGAUGGAAUGCUAAAAGUGUUCUCCAGGGCAAGGAGAGCUGCUGAGAAAUUGAACUAUGGACUCAAAAUAUUACUUUUUUAAAAAGUUGCUGCCAUUGUAGGCAUUGCCAUUCAAAUGGAGUGCAUGCAUCCUGUGACUGAUAGUGCAAGGCAGGCCUUACCUGGCCCCUCACCAAUAUUUUAUUCAAGUCGGCACCACUGGGUCGGGUGGUUUACAGAUUAAAUAAAUACAUAAAUCGCCUCCCUUUGCACAUGUUCCAGCUUGUCAAUAUCCUCAUUUAUGUUUUUUAAAAUUUAUUUGCCCUUCAUCUGAAGAUUUUACAAUAUAAACAUACAGGAUGAAAGCAUGGCUUUCUCAAAAACAAGCCAAGCCAGAGAAAUCUCUCCUUUUCUUUUCUUUUCUUUUUUUGGAUGGAGUUACAAACUGUGUUGAUCAGGGGACUGUUGUGGAAAUUGUGCAUCUCGAUUUCAGUAAGGCUUUUGACAAAGUCCUCUGUGAUAUUUAUGUGAGGAAGCUGGUAAAAUGAGGCUGAAUGAGGUAACUGUUAGGUGGAUUUGACUGACCGAACCCCAAGAGGACUCCUUCAUGGUUCCUCCUCAUCCUGGGGAAAAGUGACCAGAGGGGUGUUGCAGGGUUCUGUCCUGGGCCCGUUGUUGUUCAACGUCUUUAUAAAUGACAUGGAUGAAGGAACUGAAGGGAUGCUCCUCACAUUUGCACACGACACCAAACGGAUCAUAAUGGCAUCCUCUCUCUUCAGCAACAGACAGGGAGACAAAGAACAGUGCAAAAGCACAGCAGAGCGGAAGAGAUAAGACUGACUUCCGUUCUUACACUUUCCAAGCCUAGGAAAGUAAACAGGGGCAUGUGACAUACUAGCCACAUAUCCAGCAACAGGAGGAGUGAAUUGCUAACACAGCAGACAUGAUUGCAGGUGAUAUAAGGGAAAAAAACCUGCUCCUUUUUCCUUAUGGGGUACCCAAGGGCCCAUAUAGAGUCUUUUUGUAGGUUCUCUAUCGGUAGGAGAAAAUAACAGAGACCAACCAAAGAAUAUUGAGAAGCAAAGCAGCUAGUAAGCCUGUUCUUUAUUAACUGUUGCAACAGGGUUCUUCCCCACACACAGGAGAGAGGAGGAGGACCCCGAGCCAUGCAUGCAAGCCCUUAUACAGACAUUUUUAAUUGCCCACCCCCCAGAAACAUCAUACAUAUAUCACAGAAGGGGUGUAGCCCAAGUCCACCCCCCAGAUACAUCAUACCUACAUCACAGAAAAGGCGGUCUACAACAGAAAUCUGAGUGUGUUGUUUUUACCCUGUCUGCCAGGUUACCUGUUAAUGGUCACUUAACUGGAUUACCUGGGGGCAUUGUUUUGUAAUGAUAAUACUUCAUUCCUGAGCCAGGUGACAGGCUCACCCUAUUCACACCCUAAAUGGGCCCUUAAGGCAGGAUUUGUGAGGACAGAGACAAGGGGGAGGUUUCUUCAUUUCCUUCGACCUUGUAGAGAAAUAUUUGAGGUGACUGAAAGAGUGAAAGAGUCAAAAUGGCUUUAGGACUUUUCCUGUGGGUUUUGGACAUGUGGUUUAUAUAUAUAUGUGUGUGUUUUCUUGGUACAUUUAAGAACGUGUGUGUGUGUGUGAGAGAGAGAGAGAGAGAGAGAGACCUAAAAAUUAUUAUAACAAUUCCCCCCUUUGGGGCUAUAAUUUUUUCUAAAAAAUUGUUGCCCCACAAAUAAUAACAUGGUAUGUUGUAAAUGGAUGCCUUCGUUUAAAUGUGGUGUCUUUUUUAAAGUCUGGUGUCUUUUGUUGUUGUUGCUGCAGGUAAUAAAUAGUCUUGUGGUCACGAGGAAUUCAGGUGAGGGUUUUCCAUCAUUGGGUCUACGUUAA